GAUUCAGAUAUGGUGUUCAAAAUAAAAUAUGCGCUCCAUUAAUUUGUGAGAUAUUUUCUGAAAUUCUGGUGUAUUAAAGACGUUGAGAUUUACUUGUAUCCUGAAAAGCUGUGUAACACUGGAGCAAUAAAACUUAUCCUAUUUGACAACAAGUUGUACUGGUAAUAUCAGCUCAUCAGAAUCACGUAUUUUACCACAUGUUUCUUAUAUGUAUGAAUAAUCUAAUCCUUCAAUUAUACCUAAACAUUUCUGAUUAGAAGAUUCCUGCAUAUAUUAAAAGUUGAAAUGAAUGAAUACUUCUUAAAAUUUUGUUUAUCUAUGCUUUUCAAGUGCAAAAACACUUGUUUACUGUGAUACCUGUAUAUAUUUCACCAAUUCUAUGCUAAAACGUAAAGCCGUCAGACGUUGCUCGGCACAGUAUUAUGUGACUGCUGAGGAUCAUGUUGAGAAUGAAGUUAAACACGAGAAGCUCCUAACUGAGACGUCUCGGUUGUCUUCGUCGUGGGCUGGUUUGACUGUUUCAUGUACUGAAUCAGGUGACAGAGAAGGAUCCUCUUCUUCUACUUCCGUGAAUAGUAGUCCUAGCCAUCGCCCGAGUUCUUUCAGUGGACCAUUGGUAAUAUCGGUAACUUGUUCCUAUCCUGCCGGCAGUGGUCCUCCUGUGACUCCGAGUGGUAACAAAGGUAUACCUUUGAGUCCGCCUCAUAUUUCUCGGCCCUCUUCAUGUUAUCCAUCUCCUGUUGCAUCUCCCGUUUCAUCACGCGUUCAGUGUUAUUCACCAUCUCUCUCAACUUCUACCGUCUCCCCUAACCCACGACGAUUCAGUAGCACUGGUGGUGCAAGUCCUUUACUUGUUUCAGCUGCACUCGGGCGCAAACGAGGUUACUUAUCUUGUAUGUCGGGUGGCGGUGGUGGAUCUAGUGACGAUGCCAGUCGUGAAGGGUCUCCAGAAUCUUUCUGUGGUUAUAAAAGCAGUAAGUCUUCAUGUCAAAAUGACGUCCGAGUGUACAGUAAUGGAAGCAACUCUUGUUCUGACUUUCCUUACUUUCGUUGGCCGCCGAGCCUACCCACGGUCUCCAGCCCUUCUAGUCCCUCAUGUCAACUUUUCUCUUUAACUACAAAUUCAAACAAUUCUAGUAGCCCUUCAUCAAUUCCACCUUCUCCUCAUGUUUCGCGGUCAUCUCCUGUAUCAUCUUCUGUAUCCCAAUCCUUAAUUCCUUCCGGUGUUGUUGAGUGUACAAAUUCGCCAGGUGAUCAUCAGAUUCAGCCUAAUGCAUUCAUUGCAAAGGAGAUCACUGAUUCUAUGAUGGACUUGGAUGUUAAGAAAUGCCCUAAUUCAAAUUAAUCUUGCGGUUCAUAACUGUUUCGUUUCAUGUCGGUACUCAACUAAUUUAUUGUCUAAUGUAUACAGAAAAUACCUUCAUUUUCAUCAAUUCCAGUGUAUUUUGAAUUUCUGUUUGCUGAAUCAUCACCAUCAUUCUAUCUACCUCUGAGCUUGUUUCUUCCUUUCGUUUUACUGUAAAGUUUACCCUUAAUAUCAACAAUUGAUUCUUUUCCAUUCAAUAAGCAUUUCAUUGAACAAUGAAUUUAUACAAAGUAUUAUUUAACUCUUAGGUCUUUCCCUCAUCCCGAUGUUAAGUCGUUUUUAAUAUUUAUGUCUCUAUAUUACAGUAUAAUUUACUUUUUUUAUCGCCUUUCACCGUACUUCCAAGUAUCUACUUUAUAAGAAAAACUAACAAAUACAUUUUUGUUCAUUUGUGUAUACUUUAAUAUGGUGUUCAAAAGUUUCGUAUUUUUUCUUGUUUAAAAAAAAUUAUGUACUUACUUGAAUGACCAUGGUUAUUUAAAUACCGUACACAGUCCGACGAUCUCAUUAAAAAAAAAUUCUCCAUACCUACUUAUGCUUACAAGGGUGUGAUUUUAUUGUUUUGCACAUGCUUUCUUACUAAACAAUGUUUUCUUUAUAUUAGUUAACCCGUUGAUGGAAACACCAAUUCCUCUUAAUAAAAUGGUUUCCUUAUUAUAAAUAUAUUUACAAUUAAUCAAAGUGUUUCUGAGACUUGAAAUGUUUUAAUUUUUGAUUGUUCUAAUUAUACAACAGUUAUUUUCGAUAAUCACUUUACCUUUAUACCUUUGAGAAAAGUUUAAUUGAGUAGUUGUUCAUGUAUAAUGUAUGUUGUUGAUGAAUGAUAUACCUUUGAAUUGCAUGUUUCACUGACUAUUUUCAUAUUCCAGUACAUAAGUUCAUUAUAAUAUUCAGUCAACUUUAUAGUCUCAAAUUAUUAAUUAC